AUGCAGGAAAGGAAGGAGGCAGCGGCUUUAGCGGCUCAAACGAAUAUCUGGUUGAAUUUGUGGAAGGUUCGAAGUCCUCCCAAGGUGAAAGACUUGCUUUGGCGUGCAGCAAAAGGAAGUCUCCCCACACGAUUGCAAUUACAUCUGAAGCAUGUUGAUAUUGAGAAAAAUUGCCCUUAUUGUCACGGUGAACUUGAAUCUAUUCUUCACUGCCUUAUAAACUGCCCUUUUGUGCAGAAUUGCUGGAGGUAUUCUGGGCUGAAAGUUGUUUGUCCUUUUUUUGGGUCGUUUGCCAAAUGGCUGGAGCAAAGCUUUAACAACAAUGAUGAGGACAGUAGGCAAAAAAUUGCAUCUCUGUAUUGGAGUGUAUGGAGAACACGUAAUGAACUUGUGUGGCAUAACAAGAAGACAUAUGCAGCUUCAGUAAAUAUACUGGCCACGUCGAUGCUCCACCAGUGGGUUCAGGCUCAAAAUAAGGUCGAUGUGCCAUUUGCGGCCUUUUUGUCCAAUGGAGAUGGAGCAACUACCUGGCGGAAACCACAUGGGAAUGACAUAAAAAUUAACGUUGAUGCCGCUAUUUUUCUGAAAGGGGCACAUUCAGUUUCGCGUGUAUGGCCAGAAAUGCGAUAG